AUGGCAUCGCGAAAAACACAGCAGGAAAUUGACAAGACCUUCAAGAAGGUUGGUGAAGGCAUACAGUCCUUCGAGAGCAUAUACGAGAAGAUCAAGUCCUCCUCAAACGCUGCCCAAAGAGACAAGCUCGAAGACAACCUGAAACGCGAAAUAAAAAAACUACAGCGGUUCCGUGACCAGAUCAAGACAUGGGCUGCAGGAAAUGAAGUCAAAGACAAAGGCCCGCUGUUAGAGCAGCGGAGGGCUAUUGAAACUUGCAUGGAGCAGUUCAAAGCCGUUGAGAAGGAGAUGAAAACCAAGGCCUACUCGAAAGAGGGUCUAUCGGCGGCAGCCAGGCAAGAUCCGAAAGAAAAGGAGAGGACCGAAACAUGCGAGUUCCUGUCCUCCACCGUCGACAUCCUACAGCAGAAGAUCGAGGCUUUUGAAGCUGAGGAAGAAAUGAUACAGGCGUCGUUAAAGAAAGGGAAAAAGGAUGCAGCAAAGACCACCCGGCUAGCCGAUAUUGCGAGGAUCUCAGAACGACAUCGAUGGCACCUGGCGAAACUGGAACUACUUCUCCGUUCUCUACAAAAUGGCCACGUCGAAACGAGUCAAGUGUUGGAUAUCAAGGACAGCAUCAAGUACUUCGCAGAUGAUGGGCAUAAUGCCGACUUUUGUGGGGAAGAUGAGACGAUAUACGAUGAUAUAACGCUCGGGGACGACGAGGCGCAAUUCGGCAUGCCCAACGACACUGACCGCGUAUCAUCGCAGGAUACACAGUCGAUACAGGAUGAUGAUGCAGACAUGGGUGUACCGAGGCCAUCAAAGGCGAAAGCGGAACCUGGUGCUACUCGACGGUCAUCAACGCAGGUGAAAUCACCACUACCCGUUCUAGCUACGCUACACCUCUCCGGGCCCUCAUCCUCAUCCGGUAACACGAUGAAGCCUGCGCCUCUACCUACGCGAUUACCAGGCGAAACGCUGAAGUAUGCUUCAGCGGCUGCCGCGGCUGCAGCAAGUGACAAGAGUGGAGUUGGGAUCGCCCCGCUUCCUCCGCCGCCCGGUGCAAGCCCGGCUCUUUCGCAUGCGUUGCCCGUCUCCAAGGCUUCCUCAACAUCCUCGCCACAGGUGCAUCACGCACAGCCUGUGCAAAGGCUCGCAUCUGCAGUUGCCAGCGUGGAUGAUUCAUCUAGUAGUCAACAGCAAUCCAAAUCGCCAACAUUGAGUCCCAGUGUUCCCGCGGCGAGUCAACCAGCGACAGAGCCACCAACCCCGGCAAUGGAUAAUGUGGAAACCGUUUCCCCGCCACAAGAACAGCAGCAGCAGCAGCAGCCAGAGCCAGAGCCAGAGCCAGAGCCAGAGCCACAGCAGCAACAGCAGCAGCAGCAACAACAACAACAACAACAGCAACAGCAGCAGCAACAACAACUACUACUACUACAACAACAACAACGACACCAGGGACCCAACGGCUCCGCAAAGGAAGAAUCCACAACCACUAACACCUCAACAACCGCUACCACCGACGAAUCCGUCUACCACCUCCCCCCGGGCCUCCAAGACCUAAUCCAAUCCUUCGAAUUAACCAAAUCCCGUAUUUCCAUGAACCCAACCAGCACAGCCUCAACUUCUACUCAACGUCUCCUCACAGCCUCCCACCACACCUGCCCGGAACCCAGCGACUGCGAACGACCCCACCACUACAGACCACAAACCCCUUACAAUACCCCUCUCUACUACCCGCAAGAACCGCUGCCCAUCUUCGACGACCCGCGCCUCUACGAGACCAGCCGCAUAGACACUGAUACGCUGUUUUAUAUAUUCUAUUACCGGCAGGCGAGCUAUCAGCAGUUCCUGGCCGCGAAGUCGUUGAAGAAUCAGAGCUGGCGGUUCCAUAAGCAGUACCAGACGUGGUUUCAGAGGCAUGAGGAGCCGAAGACAAUUACGGAGGAGUUUGAGCAGGGGACGUAUCGGUUUUUUGACUAUGAGAGUACAUGGAUGAACCGCCGAAAAGCCGAUUUCAAAUUCGUCUACAAAUUUCUGGAAGAUGACUUGUAA